GCUAAUUUUGUAUUUUUAGUAGAGAUGGGCUUUCGCCAUUUUGGCCAGGCUGGUCUUGAACUCCUGACCUGAGGAAGACUUAGUCUUUGGUAUUAUAUAAUCCAGGAGUUUCAAACUGAUGCAAAGGCAGAUGACCUGCACAAUGCCUUAAAGUGGGGCGUGGAGGAAGUUCCCAGUGGCUAAAUAACUGUGUUUCCUCCCUGGCCUUGGAAGCAUGUAUGUUUGCCAACGCUGUGGUCCAUUUUCUUCUUUAUAGAUCUGGUUCAGAAUUCUCUUUGUGGAUGCUGGAUUCUGAAAUAAAUUACAUAUACUGUGUGAAAAAAUGCACAUAUGUUUAGGAAGCAAGGUUACAUUUGCCCUAGUCAUAACUUAAUUGGAACAGAGUUGGAAAAGUGGAUUAUGUUGUAAACUCUUAGAAAGCAAAGGACUCCCUAAAGUGUUUACAUGAUCAGGUUUGAAAGUAGUUUAAAACCAUAAUUUCAGUAAUCACGGGGCUGAGGAUUUGGUUUUGUAGUGAGACAAUAUGAGUUACAAGUUUCUUUCUUUGUAGGUCUGGUGGGACAGUGUCAUAUUAUAAAUUUGGAAUGCUGAAGAGAAAGUUAUAGAUUUUGAUAUUGAAGGAAAUGAAGCGAAGCCUAAAUGAAAAUUCAGCUCGAAGUACAGCAGGCUGUUUGCCUGUUCCAUUGUUCAAUCAGAAAAAGAGGAACAGACAGCCCUUAACUUCUAAUCCACUUAAAGAUGAUCCAGGUAUCAGUACCCCUUCUGACAAUUAUGAUUUUCCUCCUCUACCUACAGAUUGGGCCUGGGAAGCUAUGAAUGCAGAGUUGGCUCCUGUAAUGAAAACAGUGGACACUGGGCAAAUACCACAUUCAGUUUCUCGUCCUCUGAGAAGUCAAGAUUCUAUCUUUAACUCUAUUCAAUCAAAUACUGAAAGAAGCCAGGGUGGUUGGAGCUACAGAGAUGACAACAAAAAUACCAGCUUGAAAACUUGGAAUAAAAAUGAUUUUAAGCCUCAAUGUAAACGAACAAACUUAGUGGCAAAUGAUGGAAAGAAUUCUUGUCCAAUGAGUUCGGGAGCUCAACAACAAAAACAAUUCGGAAUACCCGAACCUCCCAACUUACCUCGCAACAAAGAAACCGAGCUACUCAGACAAACACAUUCGUCAAAGAUAUCUGGCUCCACAAUGAGAGGUCUAGACAAAAACAGUGCAUUACAGACAUUUAAGCCCAAUUUUCAACAAAAUCAAUAUAAGAAACAAAUGUUGGAUGAUAUUCCAGAAGACAACACUCUGAAGGAAACCUCAUUGUUUCAGUUACAGUUUAAGGAAAAAGCUAAUUCUUUAAGAAUUAUUUCUGCAGUUAUUGAAAGCAUGAAGUAUUGGCGUGAACAUGCACAGAAAACUGUACUUCUUUUUGAAGUAUUAGCUGUUCUUGAUUCAGCUGUUACACCUGGCCCAUAUUAUUCGAAGACUUUUCUUAUGAGGGAUGGGAAAAAUACUCUGCCUUGUGUCUUUUAUGAAAUCGAUCGUGAACUUCCAAGACUGAUUAGAGGCCGAGUUCAUAGAUGUGUUGGCAACUAUGACCAGAAAAAGAACAUUUUCAAAUGUGUUUCUGUCAGACCGGCAUCUGUUUCUGAACAAAAAUCAUUCCAGGCAUUUGUCAAAAUUGCAGAUGUUGAGAUGCGGUAUUAUAUUAAUGUGAUGAAUGAAACUUAAGUAGUGAUAAAAGGAAGUUUAAAUAGCAUAAAUUAUAGCAGUUUUCUGUUAUUACUUAAUUUACCAUCUCCAUAGUUUUAUAGCUACUGUUUUCUUGUAUUUCACUUGUUGAAUUAAAGUAUUUGAAUUCUUUUAAACGUGGA